ACGCAUUUCCAGUGAAUGUGCAGGCUGACUUCAUUCCUAUUGGGCGUGGCUAAACGAAACAUUCCGGUAUUGCAUUGGUUCUUACGGGCUGAAGUUGAGUCAUCUGAAAUUUCAUUGGCUCGGCUACCGGCAAUAUAUAGUGUUCUGGAACGUUCGAUCGUUCUCUCUUCUAAGCAAGGCGAGGCAGCAGUUUGUCGCCAUUCCAGCUAUCCAACCGGCGUCUUCACCCAUCUCGGUAAUUUCCAACUUGACACAAUGUCCAAGGGACCAGCUGUUGGUAUUGAUCUCGGGACCACCUACUCCUGUGUAGGUGUUUUCCAACAUGGAAAAGUUGAAAUCAUUGCUAAUGACCAAGGAAACCGGACCACUCCAAGCUAUGUAGCUUUCACAGAUUCUGAGAGGUUGAUUGGAGAUGCCGCAAAAAACCAGGUCGCCAUGAACCCCACCAACACAGUCUUUGAUGCCAAACGUCUGAUUGGCCGCAGGUUUGAUGAUGGUGUUGUUCAGUCUGACAUGAAGCACUGGCCUUUUAAUGUCAUCAAUGACAAUACCCGUCCCAAGGUCCAGGUUGAUUACAAGGGUGAGACCAAGUCGUUCUACCCUGAAGAGAUUUCCUCCAUGGUCCUCACCAAGAUGAAGGAAAUUGCUGAGGCCUACCUGGGAAAGACUGUUUCCAACGCUGUCGUCACAGUGCCUGCCUACUUCAACGAUUCUCAGCGACAGGCCACCAAGGAUGCUGGAACCAUCUCUGGCUUGAAUGUUCUGCGUAUCAUCAAUGAACCAACUGCUGCUGCUAUUGCUUAUGGUCUGGACAAAAAGGUUGGUGCUGAGAGGAAUGUCCUUAUCUUCGAUCUUGGUGGUGGCACUUUCGAUGUGUCUAUCCUCACCAUUGAGGAUGGCAUCUUUGAGGUCAAAUCUACUGCUGGAGACACUCACUUGGGUGGAGAAGACUUUGACAACCGCAUGGUGAACCACUUCAUCACAGAGUUCAAGCGCAAGCACAAGAAGGACAUCAGUGACAACAAGAGAGCCGUUCGCCGUCUCCGCACCGCCUGCGAGAGGGCCAAGCGUACCCUAUCAUCCAGCACUCAGGCCAGUAUUGAGAUCGACUCCCUCUAUGAGGGUAUCGAUUUCUAUACCUCCAUCACAAGGGCCCGUUUUGAGGAGCUCAACGCUGACCUCUUCCGUGGAACCUUGGACCCAGUCGAGAAGUCCCUUCGUGAUGCCAAGAUGGACAAGGCUCAGAUCCACGACAUUGUCCUGGUUGGUGGCUCCACUCGCAUUCCCAAAAUCCAGAAGCUGCUCCAAGACUACUUUAACGGCAAGGAGCUCAACAAGAGCAUCAACCCUGAUGAGGCUGUGGCCUAUGGAGCAGCUGUCCAGGCUGCCAUCCUCUCUGGUGAUAAGUCUGAGAACGUUCAGGACUUGCUGCUGCUAGAUGUCACUCCUCUGUCCCUUGGAAUUGAGACAGCUGGUGGAGUCAUGACUGUCCUCAUCAAGCGUAAUACCACCAUUCCAACCAAACAGACUCAGACUUUCACCACCUACUCCGACAACCAGCCUGGUGUGCUCAUUCAGGUCUAUGAGGGUGAGCGUGCAAUGACCAAGGAUAACAACUUGCUGGGCAAGUUUGAGCUUACUGGAAUCCCCCCUGCACCUCGUGGUGUUCCCCAGAUUGAGGUCACCUUUGACAUUGAUGCAAAUGGUAUCAUGAAUGUUUCAGCUGUGGAUAAGAGCACUGGCAAGGAGAAUAAAAUCACCAUCACCAACGACAAGGGUCGUCUCAGCAAGGAGGACAUUGAGCGCAUGGUGCAGGAGGCAGAGAAGUACAAGGCUGAGGAUGAUGUGCAGCGUGACAAGGUGUCUGUCAAGAAUGGUCUGGAGUCCUACGCCUUCAACAUGAAGUCCACUGUUGAGGAUGAGAAACUGAAGGGCAAGAUCAGUGAUGAGGACAAGCAGAAGAUCCUUGACAAGUGCAAUGAAGUCAUCAGUUGGCUUGACAAGAACCAGACUGCUGAGAAAGAGGAGUUUGAGCACCAGCAGAAGGAGCUGGAGAAGGUAUGCAACCCCAUCAUCACCAAGCUGUACCAGAGUGCUGGAGGCAUGCCAGGUGGAAUGCCUGAUGGUAUGCCAGGUGGCUUCCCAGGAGCCGGCUCUGCUCCAGGAGGUGGAUCCUCCGGCCCAACCAUUGAGGAGGUCGACUAAGCCAUUCCAAAGCCACUACGCUACCUCCAUAGCAAUGUUUACUGUUGCCCUCUAUAGUUGGACUCCUCUAAAAUUGUUACUUUUGUGGAAGUUUUGGAUGACUUCAACUUGCAGAGAGAUGGUUGCAAUUAAAAAAAAAAAAAAAGAAAAGGGUAUUAACGGGUCACAUUUCCAGAUCACAGGGAACAGAUUUUCUACCUAGAUUGCACAACCUAUUUAUUGACUUGUGAAAUGUGAAUUUCAUAAGCCUUUUCCAACUGCCUCAAUGCUUUGAAGGAAGUGAAUAAAAUGGUGACCUAUUCCCA